ACCGGGUCCAGCCGGUCAAAACCGGUCUGGACCGGUCCCAAACGGUUGGAUGACCGGCUAACCCGGUCAUCCACUAUAAAUACUCCCUUAUCACUCCCUCCCUCAUUAACCCUAGCCGUUUCCCCUUUCUUCUUCCUCUGCUCUUCUUUUCUUCUUCCUCUGCUCUUCCUCUGCUCUUCUUUUCUUCUUCCUCUUCUCUUCUUCCUCACAGCCAACUCCUCACCUCCUUCGACCCGCCACCUCACCGCCUCCUCACCGCCACCAAACACCCACAACCUCAAACAAAACCCACCUCUCCGCCACCAAACACCCACAACCACAACCAAAACCACCUCACCGCCACUCACCCGCCACCAAACAACCUUCACCGCCACCAAACCCGCCUCACCGUCUCCUCAUCGCCACCAAACACCCACCACCGCAACCAAAACUUACCCCAGCCGCCAUCAAAGCUUCAAUCCGGACCCAAAUCGCCCCUCAAGCACUGGAUCGGAGACAUGCAGGCCUUCCACCCUCCGCCACCGCCACCAGAUCGGAGAAAAACAACCGGAUCAAGCUUUCCUUUACACCCUUCAGCUUCUGUAAUUUUUUUUUUUCAUUUUUCUUUGUAAAAAUUUAAUCUUCUGAAGCUUUGUAAUUAUUUUCUAUUUUUAUUGUUUGAAUAAAAUUGUAGGUAGUUCAUGCAAUCUGUUUCUACUAUUUCUUCCCUCUGAAAUCUGUUGGAAGUGAAUGUGAGAGAAAGUAUGUUAUUUUAAUUAAGAAACUGAUAAAGCAGAGUUGCUUGCAGAAGCAACUCUGCCCACUUUUCCUUAGCUAAGGAACCUUAAGGAACCCUGCUCCAAUGGGUAAGAAACUGGCCCUUGGUUUCUUAGCAACUCCAACCUGGUUAAGAAACCAGCGUUGGAGUUGCUCUUAUCCCCAACUCAUCUGAGAGGUACCACCACUCUAAACAACCACCACUUAGAAAACCAAGGAUCAGACUUAGCUUUGUGGAGAAACAUUUCAUUUCAAAACCACUUUUUGGAGAUGGCAAGACGUGAGGAGAGACAACAUCAAGGGGUGGGAGAUGAUAUGGAUGUUGAUGCUGAACAAACUGAACAUGGGAACCCAGAGGCUGAAACAGAGGAGCACAUAGAAGCUGAGGCAGAAGCUGAAAUGCAUCAUCUCAGGAACAUGCUUGAUCAAGUGGGAAGACGUGAUUUUCUUGAAGGGUUAUUCACCUUACUGAAGGCCUUGAACAGCCUCAUUGGUUACAUGAAGGCAAUGAACCGUCAUGUGGGCAAGAUAGAUGAAUAAAUUUCUAACAAUACCAAGCUUCUUCAAAGUCUGGAUGAAAAAGUAAGUUCCUUGCUUCAGAAGAACACAAUCGACACACCAAAGGCCACUCCAAUUGUAUUUCAGGGGAGCUGCUCACAGCAUACUAGUGGUGUUCUUAACCUAAAUGAGACCCCAACUGCUACAUUUCCUCCUAGACAAUCUGCAUCAAAAGGGGUACUGAAGGAAAGCCAUACCUUAGAUGCAGUGAAAAAAAACUUGGAUAUGUCCAUAGACCUGACACUGUCUGAUGAUGAUCAAGUGGAUCUGAACCAACCACCAAAGGAGGGACUGACCAUUAUCAUGGAAGGACAAACAGAACCUUUAAGGUCGGAGAAAGUACCCAAAAAAUCCACGAAAAAGAGGGCAACUUUAACGGGGAAAGAUUUGCUCAAAGGUUUGGAGGUUGAUUUUGACGUUUCUGACUCAGACUCUGAUGAUUGCAAGAUUGUGGACGGUCCAACACAAUCUACAAAGACUUUAUCUGGGAUGAAAGAUGUGCCUAAGGAACGCAAGACACAGCCUCGUCAACAGGACAAAGGGAAAGGGAAACAGGUUGCAACUGACGGUACGCCAAUGCGUAGACCAAGAAAAAUUGCUAGACAACAUAUUUCACCGGACCCAAACAAAUGUAAAAAAAAGUGGGCCACACUUUGCCAAAGUCAAUGGAAUCAAAUUUUCGCCCCUCGCAAGAUAUGUUGUUAACCGAUGAUGAACUCCGUCUAAGCGCAUACAUAUUUCAGCUUAAAGGUGACCCAAGUGAGGAACUGUUGAAAAUUGGAUCCACAAUAGGGACAAGGCAACACUUUAUGACUCUAUGCCCAGAUAGGGUUAUUGACAAGAAGAUAAUUGAACUCAUGGCUGUGAAACUUAACUGGAAUCAGCAUAACACUGACGCUCAACCAGCCUGGAUAUUACCACCCCGCUUUGCGGAGGCUGUGUUAAAGGGAAAGAUGUCGGAGGAUUUGCUUCCUGACUUUGCAGAAGAAUGGAUGGCCGCAUUUGAAACUCUCAAAUAUAUCUAUGUGCCUAUCAUGGAGCCAAAUGGACACUGGUACUUAAUGGUGGCUUCCAUGGAUGAAACAGUGAUUUACUUGGUUGACUGUCACCUCAACUCACAACAAACUGCUGCUAGGAAACGCUCAAUCAGGACAAUUGGGAAAGUCAUUGGUCGUAUGAUGUUUUCUUCAUACUACCCUCAUAACUACCUGGAAGGAAACUUUGAGCUGGGCACAUGGGAUAUUGAGGAAGCAAGGUCCUGUGAAGACCACUCAACGAGUACUCAACAGUCCACCAUAUGCACGUUGGAGUGGAUGCAAAUGGAUGAUGUGUUCAUGUCCAACUUACUCCCUCGGGUGGAAGAUAAACUGGUGAGGAUGAAGGCAGCAAUGAAACUACUUAAUGGGCCUCACAAUGAGAAUUUGGAAAUGGUGGUUGAAAAAGCACAAAAGUUCUGGGAGAGCCAGAUGUCUUGUGAAUAGUCAUCUUUGCUGAAAUGGAAUGUGUUUGCCAUGGAAUGUGAAUGGCAUUAUUUUUUGUAAUAUUUAGUGCUGGUGGGUACCUAGACUUGGUGUACAAUGGCCUUCCGUCUAUCCUUCUUUUUGACUAUGUCUGUAACGUGAUGGGCAGUGUGGGAUUAUAGUACCCCACUUGCUUGACAACAAUUGACUUCUAUCCUUCUUUUUUACUACGUCUGUAACUCAACUGGAUGAUAUUGUAAGUAGUGUAUAAUUAUGUUAUGUGUGCUUGAUAA